GUGUGACCUCAUAGCAUUGGGGUGGAGAAGGCUAUAAAUUAGAUCUCAGCCCUUGCCUAGUUCCUAGUGCAAUAAAGUACAGCAUUGCACCUGCUAUUGUGUUUACUAACACUGGAAUUUUCACCAUUCUCUGUAUCCAGUAAGGCACAAAACAAAUAAGUAUGGUGGAUGCUGAGAUGUCAGUGUUCGGGGUGGCAGCCCCUUACCUGCGGAAGUCUGAAAAGGAACGUUUAGAGGCACAGACUCGUGUGUUUGACAUGAAGAAAGAAUGUUUCGUGCCUGAUACUGUGGAGGAGUUUGUUAAGGCCACAAUUACCAGUCGUGAAGGAGACAAAGUGACUGUUGAGACUGAAUCAGGGAAGACUUUGAGUUUUAAGGACAGUCAGAUUCUGCAACAGAAUCCUCCAAAGUUUGACAAAAUUGAAGACAUGGCCAUGUUGACUUUCCUGCAUGAGCCAGCCGUGCUGUAUAAUCUCAAAGAGCGUUAUGCAGCUUGGAUGAUCUAUACCUAUUCAGGGCUGUUCUGUGUCACUGUCAACCCCUACAAGUGGCUGCCAGUGUAUAAUCAGGAAGUAGUUAUAGCUUACAGGGGCAAGAAGAGGAGUGAAGCACCUCCUCACAUUUUCUCCAUUUCUGAUAAUGCAUACCAGUAUAUGCUGGCAGAUCGUGAAAACCAGUCCCUCCUGAUCACUGGAGAAUCCGGUGCUGGGAAAACUGUAAACACCAAAAGGGUCAUUCAGUACUUUGCCAGUAUUGCAGCAAGUGGGUCAAGGAAGGAUACUGCUCAAAACAAGGGAACUUUGGAAGAUCAAAUCAUCCAAGCUAACCCUGCACUGGAGGCUUUUGGCAAUGCCAAGACUAUUAGAAAUGAUAAUUCUUCACGAUUUGGCAAAUUCAUCAGAAUUCACUUCGAUACCAGAGGGAAACUGGCAUCAGCUGACAUUGAAACAUAUCUCCUGGAGAAAUCUCGUGUGAUCUUUCAGCUCAAGGCAGAGAGAGAUUAUCACAUAUUUUAUCAAAUCUUGUCAAACAAGAAACCAGAGAUACUUGAGAUGCUACUGGUGACAGCAAACCCCUAUGACUACGCAUUCAUCUCACAGGGAGAAACCACAGUUUCUUCCAUUGAUGAUGCUGAAGAGUUAAUGGCAACUGAUAAUGCUUUUGAUGUACUUGGUUUCACACAAGAGGAAAAAAACUCCGUGUACAAGCUAACUGGAGCCAUUAUGCACUAUGGCAACAUGAAAUUCAAGCAAAAGCAGCGUGAAGAGCAGGCAGAAGCUGAUGGAACUGAGGAUGCAGACAAAGCUGCUUAUCUGAUGGGUUUGAACUCUGCUGACUUGAUAAAAGGUUUGUGUCACCCAAGAGUAAAAGUCGGCAAUGAGUGGGUAACCAAGGGACAAAAUGUCCAACAGGUGAACUAUGCCGUUGGUGCUCUGUCCAAAGCAGUUUAUGAGAAAAUGUUCCUCUGGAUGGUGGUGAGAAUCAACCAAUCUCUAGAAACAAGGCAGCCACGCCAGUAUUUCAUUGGUGUAUUGGACAUUGCUGGUUUUGAGAUUUUUGAAUUUAACACUUUCGAGCAGCUCUGCAUUAAUUUCACGAAUGAGAAACUGCAACAGUUUUUCAACCAUCACAUGUUUGUGCUGGAACAAGAAGAGUACAAGAAAGAAGGCAUAGAGUGGGAAUUCAUCGACUUUGGCAUGGACUUGCAAGCCUGCAUUGAUUUAAUUGAGAAGCCCAUGGGUAUCAUGUCUAUCCUUGAAGAGGAAUGCAUGUUUCCCAAAGCCACAGAUGCAACCUUUAAAGCAAAGCUUUAUGACAACCAUUUGGGGAAAUCGGCUAACUUCCAGAAGCCAAGGAUUAUAAAGGGGAAGCCUGAGGCUCACUUUGCCCUUAUUCACUAUGCUGGCACUGUGGACUACAACAUCAACAACUGGCUUAUAAAGAACAAGGAUCCACUAAAUGAAACUGUAGUAGGACUCUACCAAAAAUCUUCACUGAAACUGCUGUCUUUGCUGUUUGCAAACUAUGCUGGGGCAGACUCAACCAUGGCUGAAUCUGGCAAAAAAGAAAAGAAGAAGAAAGGAUCAUCUUUCCAGACAGUGUCUGCGCUUCACAGGGAAAAUCUCAAUAAGCUGAUGACAAACUUGCGCUCAACUCAUCCACACUUUGUACGCUGCAUCAUUCCCAAUGAGACCAAGACUCCUGGUGCAAUGGAUAACCCCCUUGUUAUGCAUCAGCUUCGCUGCAAUGGUGUGCUAGAAGGUAUCAGGAUCUGCAGGAAGGGUUUCCCCAACAGAAUCCUUUAUGGGGAUUUCAAACAAAGAUACCGCAUCCUUAACCCAUCUGCAAUCCCAGAGGGACAGUUCAUUGACAGCCGGAAGGGGGCUGAGAAAUUGUUAGCUUCACUUGAUAUAGAUAUCCAACAGUACAGAUUUGGGCACACUAAGGUGUUUUUUAAAGCUGGCCUGUUAGGUCAGUUGGAGGAAAUGCGAGAUGAACGGCUGUCUAAAAUAUUAACAGGAAUCCAAGCCAGGUCUCGUGGACUUCUCUCAAGAAUUGAGUACCAGAAAAUGGUGGAACGCAGGGAUGCCUUGCUUGUCAUACAGUGGAAUGUGCGUGCAUUCAUGAGUGUCAAAAACUGGCCAUGGAUGAAGCUGUAUUUCAAGAUCAAACCAUUACUGAGAUCUGCUGAAGCAGAGAAGGAGAUGGCCAACAUGAAAGAGGAAUUCCUAAAACUCAAGGAGGCUUAUGCCAAAUCGGAAGCUCGUAGAAAAGAGCUCGAGGAAAAAAUGGUCUCACUUCUCCAAGAGAAGAAUGAUCUGCAGCUUCAAGUGCAGGCGGAACAAGACAAUCUGUGUGAUGCUGAGGAAAGGUGUGAAGGGUUAAUUAAAAACAAGAUCCAGAUGGAAGCCAAAGUCAAAGAGCUGAACGAAAGACUGGAGGAUGAGGAAGAGAUGAAUGCAGAGCUAACAGCUAAAAAGAGAAAGCUGGAGGAUGAGUGCUCUGAGCUCAAGAAAGACAUUGAUGAUCUUGAGUUGACUCUGGCUAAAGUGGAAAAGGAGAAGCAUGCCACAGAGAAUAAGGUAAAGAAUCUGACUGAAGAAAUGGCAGCCCUGGAUGAAAUCAUCGCCAAGUUAACUAAGGAGAAGAAAGCCCUGCAGGAAGCUCACCAGCAAACCCUGGAUGACCUGCAGAGUGAGGAGGACAAAGUUAACACCCUCACCAAAAUCAAAGUCAAACUAGAGCAGCAAGUUGAUGAUUUAGAGGGAUCUCUAGAGCAAGAAAAAAAGAUUCGGAUGGAUCUUGAGAGGGCAAAAAGAAAGCUGGAGGGUGACUUAAAGUUGACCCAAGAAAGCAUAAUGGACUUGGAAAAUGACAAACAACAACUAGAGGAACGCCUUAAGAAGAAAGAUUUUGAGAUCAGCCAGCUAAAUAGCAAAAUCGAGGACGAGCAACUCAUCAUUGUGCAACUCCAAAAGAAAAUUAAGGAGUUGCAGGCUAGGGUAGAAGAACUGGAGGAAGAGCUUGAGGCUGAAAGAGCUGCAAGAGCCAAGGUAGAGAAACAGAGGGCAGAACUGUCAAGAGAACUGGAAGAAAUAAGCGAAAGGCUGGAAGAGGCUGGAGGAUCUACUGCGGCUCAGAUUGAAAUGAACAAAAAAAGGGAGGCCGAAUUCCAGAAACUGCGCAGAGACCUUGAAGAGGCGACUCUGCACCAUGAAGCCAUCGCUGCCACACUUAGAAAGAAACAAGCUGAUAGCGUGGCUGAACUGGGCGAGCAGAUCGAUAACCUGCAGAGGAUCAAACAAAAAUUAGAGAAAGAGAAGAGUGAGCUUAAACUGGAGCUGGAUGAUGUGGUUUCCAGCAUGGAACAGUUUGUCAGGUCCAAAACUAACCUGGAGAAAAUGAACAGGACUUUGGAAGACCAGCUGAAUGAAUUCCGAAGCAAGUGUGAGGACAACCAAAGAUCCCUCAAUGACUUCGUAACUCAGAAAGCAAAGCUUCAGACUGAGAACGAUGAGCUUUCGAGACAGGUAGAAGAAAAGGAGUCACUAAUCUUUCAGCUUACAAGGGGAAAGCAGUCCUUCUCUCAACAACUUGAGGAUCUAAAAAGGCAGCUUGAAGAAGAGAUUAAGGCCAAGAAUGCCCUUGCUCACGCAGUACAGUCUGCUCGUCAUGAUUCAGAUCUACUCAGAGAACAGUAUGAGGAAGAGCAGGAGGCAAAAGCCGAACUGCAGCGUAGUCUCACUAAGGCUAAUGCUGAGGUUGCGCAGUGGAGAACCAAGUAUGAAACUGAUGCCAUCCAGAGGACAGAAGAACUGGAAGAAGCCAAAAAGAAACUUGCUCAGCGUUUGCAGGAUGCAGAAGAGGCUGUGGAGGCAGUUAAUGCUAAAUGUUCCUCUCUUGAGAAGACCAAACACCGACUUCAGAAUGAAAUUGAAGACCUUAUGAUGGACAUGGAGCGAUCAAAUGCUGCUGCUGCAGCAUUGGACAAGAAACAAAGGAAUUAUGAUAAGGUCCUUGCUGAGUGGAAGCAGAAGUAUGAGGAGUCUCAGUGUGAGCUUGAAAGCUCCCAGAAGGAAGCCCGAUCUCUGAGUACUGAGCUCUUCAAGUUAAAGAAUUCAUACGAGGAAUCUUUAGACCACUUGGAGACUUUGAAGAGAGAGAAUAAGAUUCUCCAAGAGGAGAUAACUGAUCUAAGUGAACAACUUGGUGAAGGUGGAAAGACAAUCCAUGAAUUAGAAAAGGCCCGUAAACAGCUGGAGCAAGAAAAAACAGAAAUCCAAUCUGCACUGGAGGAGGCAGAGGGCUCCUUAGAGCACGAAGAGGGUAAAAUACUAAGAAGUCAACUGGAACUCAACCAGAUAAAGGCUGAAAAUGAACGGAAAUUGGCUGAAAAAGAUGAGGAAAUGGAACAGACAAAGAGAAACUUGCAGAGGACAGUUGACACCCUGCAAAGCUCUUUAGAGGCAGAGACUCGGAGCAGGAAUGAAGCUCUCAGAGUAAAGAAGAAAAUGGAGGGAGACCUUAACGAAAUGGAGAUCCAACUAAGUCAGUCCAAUAGACAGGCUGCAGAGGCUCAAAAGCAGCUCAAAAUCAUUCAAGCUAACCUUAAGGACUGUCAGAUCCAGUUGGAUGAUUAUGUCCAUGCCAAUGAUGAUCUGAAGGAAAAUCAUGCCAUUGUAGAGAGACGUAACACUCUGCUACAGGCAGAAAUCGAGGAGCUCCGGAACCUAUUAGAGCAAACCGAGAGAGGACGCAAGCUUGCAGAACAGGAACUACUCGAUGUCACUGAGAGAGUUCAGCUUCUGCAUUCACAGAAUACUAGCCUCCUGAACCAAAAGAAAAAACAAGAAGCUGACAUAACUCAGCUUCAAGGUGAAGUGGAGGACUCAUUUCAAGAGUGCAGGAAUGCUGAAGAAAAAGCGAAAAAGGCCAUCACUGAUGCUGCCAUGAUGGCAGAGGAGCUGAAGAAAGAGCAGGACACCAGUGCCCAUCUGGAGCGGAUGAAAAAGAACAUGGAACAAACAAUUAAGGACCUCCAGCUCCGCUUGAAUGAAGCAGAGCAAAUUGCCAUGAAAGGGGGCAAGAAACAAAUGCAGAAGCUGGAGGCCAGGGUAAGAGAGCUGGAGAAUGAACUUGAAGCAGAGCAGAAAAGAAGCAGUGAAACUGUGAAGGGAAUUCGCAAAUAUGAACGGCGCAUUAAAGAACUUUCAUACCAGUCUGAAGAGGACCGCAAGAACAUCGCCCGUCUUCAAGAUCUGGUGGACAAGCUGCAACUUAAGGUUAAGGCUUACAAGCGAGCAGCUGAAGAUGCUGAAGAACAGGCCAACGUUCACCUUGGAAAAUUCCGCAAACUGCAGCAUGAACUGGACGAAGCUGCGGAGAGGGCUGACAUUGCCGAGUCGCAGGUCAACAAGUUACGCGCAAAGAGCCGUGAACCUGGGUCAAAGAAAGGAUUUGAUGAAGAAUAAACCUCUGGACUUCCUCUGAGACUAUAAGCACCCUCUCCUGCACUGUCCAGUAUUAAAAAAUAAAGGCACUCACUGCAGUCUGA